AUGUUGGCCAGAUCAACCUUGCGCUCGACGCGCGCGGUCGGCGCUGUUCGGAAUGGGGCAAUGAACACAUCGAAGCGUGCCGCCUCUUCCUCGAGUUCGACCGCCGAUUCUCCUUUCCGAUUGAACGUGGCUGGAUCAGUUGCUACUGCUGUUGCUGCUGGAUCGGUUGCUUGGUACUAUCAUCUAUAUGGCACAGAGCUGCAUGCUAUGACACCAGCUGAAGAAGGUCUUCAUGCCACCAAAUACCCAUGGGUACAUGCUGGGUGGACCAAGACCUUCGACCAUCAAGCCCUCCGCCGUGGAUUCCAAGUCUACCAAGAAGUCUGCUCAUCCUGCCACUCCCUCAGCCGAAUUCCCUACAGAUCUUUGGUCGGAGUCACCCACACCGUCGAUGAGGCCAAGGCAAUGGCAGAGGAGAAUGAGUACGAUGACGAGCCCAAUGACGAGGGCGAAAUCCCAAAGCGACCUGGAAAGCUUUCCGAUUAUCUCCCAAGCCCCUACAAGAACGACGAAGCUGCGCGUGCUGCGAACAACGGUGCUCUUCCUCCGGAUUUGAGCUUGAUGGUCAAGGCCCGCCACGGUGGAUGUGAUUACAUUUUCAGCUUGUUGACUGGUUACCCCGAGGAGCCUCCUGCGGGAGUCAAGGUUCCAGACGGACUCAACUUCAACCCCUACUUCCCCGGUACUGGUAUUGCCAUGGCUCGAGUUCUUUACAACGAGCUCGUCGAAUACGAGGAUGGAACCCCAGCUUCAACAUCACAAAUGGCAAAGGAUGUCACGGAGUUUUUGAACUGGGCCGCAGAGCCAGAGAUGGACCAGAGAAAGAAGAUGGGCUUGAAGGUCUUGGCUAUUUCUUCGGUUUUGUUUGCAUUGAGCGUCUGGGUUAAGAGAUACAAGUGGGUCACAAUCAAGACGAGAAAGAUUGCCUACGACCCACCUAAGAUGGGCGGCCGUCACUAA